AUGAGCGUCCCUCACCUGCUGCAGGACUUGCAGCGUCUCCUGGGCCAGACGGAUCUGGCCCGGCUGACGGACGCCCGGCUGCUCAUGGUCGGGGCCGGCGGCAUCGGCUGCGAGAUUCUCAAGAACCUGGUGCUGGCUGGCUUUGCGUCCGGCCCGCGCGGCUCCAUCGAUGUCAUUGACCUGGACACCAUCGACCUGAGCAACCUCAACCGGCAGUUCCUCUUCCAGCGCGAGCAUGUGGGUCUGCCAAAGUCCACGACCGCCUGCCAGUCGGCCCUGAAGUUCCAGCCUGCGCUGGCCGGCAAGCUCCACCCCCACCUGGGGUCCAUCCUGGACAUGAGCCAGUAUGGGAUCUCCUUCUUCCGGCGCUUCGACGUGGUCAUCGGCGCCCUGGACAACAUCCCGGCCCGGCGCCAUGUGAAUCGCAUGUGCAUGGCUGCCGGGGUGCCCCUCGUCGAGUCCGGCACCACGGGCUACCUUGGCCAGGUGAGCGUCAUCGCCGGCGGCCAGUCCGAAUGCUAUGACUGCACGCCUCCCCCGCCGAGCAAGUCCUUCCCCGUGUGCACCAUCCGCAGCACCCCGUCGCUGCCAAUCCACUGCCUGGUGUGGGCCAAGGACUUCCUGCUGCCACAGCUGUUCGGCUCGCCGGCCGAGACGGCUGCCGAGACGCGCGAGCUUGAGGCGGCGGUGGAGCGCCGACGCCAGGAGGCCGCGCCCUCCGGCGCCCCGGGCGAACUGGACGCCGCCGGCGCCGACGAAUUGGAGGCCCUGCUGGCGGAGAAUCGCGCGGUGGCCGCCCUCCGAGCGGACAUGCUGUCCGACACGCAUGCCGCCCGGCGGCGCCUCUUUGAUCACCUUUUCCGCGGGGACAUCGACCGCCUGCUGGCCCUGGAGGCUCUGUGGGCGCCGGAAUCCGGCCGGACCCCCCCGACCCCCCUGGACAUUGACCAGCUGCUGCCCCUGGAGUCCGGGAAUGACCACCACUCCGGUGGCCGGGUCCUGAUGCGUGCGGCCUCCGGCGGUGUGGGCGACCAGCAGGUUUGGAGUGUCGCCGAAAAUGCCAUCGUCUUCUUGGAUUCCAUGCAGCAACUGGCCCUGCGUGUAUCCUGUGCCGCUCCCGAGGCCGAGGCUUUGGCCUUCGACAAGGAUGACGACUUGAUGAUGGAUUUCGUCUGCGCCGCGGCCAACCUGCGCAUGAUCUGCUUUGGCAUCACGCCGCAGUCGCGCUUCCGCGCUCGGUCCAUCGCCGGGAACAUCAUCCCGGCCAUUGCCACCACCAAUGCCAUUGUGUCUGGCCAGGCGGUCUUGGAGAUCAUUGCCUUGUUGACCGGCCCACCGCGAGCGGCCGAUGCUGGGCCCGGCCUGGCCCCCUCUUCACGCACCACGUACCUGGUCCAGGGCCCUGGCCGGGCGCGGCUCAUGUCCAAGGAGCGCCCGGCUCCCCCCAAGCCGGAUUGCCUCGCUUGCCAGGGCCCCACGAAGCUGGUCCUCCGGUGUGACCUGAAAGUUGCCCGGCUCGGCGAUUUCAUCCGGACCAGCUUGCAGGAGCAGCUGGAACUCGAGGAUCCCUCAGUCUCGGUGUCUUCGUCUCAGAACGAUGAGGCGCGACUGCUGGCUGAUGCGGACUUCGACUCCAACCAUGGUUCCACCUUGGCCACACUUGGCAUUGAUGAGAAUACCUUCAUCCUGGUGGAGGAUGACCUGGGCGAGCGCCAGGCCGAGCUUUUCGUCGAGCACGUGACCGACCUUCAGGAGAGUCAGUUGCUUGUGGCUGCCACCGGGCGUCCAGCGGUCCCGGUGGAUCUCCCCGCCAAGCCGCGCCCGGCUGAGAGCCACGACAAUGAGGAGCCCCAGUCCCCGGCAGGGGAUAUUGCCUCCGGCCCGGGCAAUGACCAUGGCGAUGUCAUCCUGCUGGAUGAUGGGGACGCCAUUGAACUGACAGCUGACACCUCGACUGGCAAACGCAAGGCCCCUGUCGAGGACGAUGGUGAUGCUGCUGCUGCCAGUCCUGCCAGUAAGCGGCGCCACACUUGAGCCUCCUCCUUGGAUGGUAGAAAUACACAAACCCCCAGAUGCACA